CAAAGAUUUGUCAACACAAACUUUUAAAAAUGAUCAAAAGUUUGGGCAAACAUAUUUCAAAAAUGCCCUGUCGUUUGUCUUGGCUCCUUGUUGAAGUCACUCAAGGUUUGAACAACGAAUAUUUUGUCAUACAUUCGGUCGAGGUGAUUGGUGAUAUUAAUGGGGCUUACGUCGAUCGAAGAAUUCGGUUCAAUCAAGAACGUCGAGAACUGAUUGGAAUAGUGCGUUUAGCUUCAGACGAUCUAAAAACAGUCGAAAUGGAACGGGCACGCUUAUUGAUGGCACAAAAAAGUCUUACAUCUGAAUUGAAACCCUUGGAGGCGAACUUGUGGUGUCUAGUUCAUCAACUCAGUGAUGACAGUAAGGUUCAAUUGAUAACCGUCAGUUGCAAGAAACUAGUCUUUAUCGAAAGUGUUGACAACAAUAGAAAACAUUUUAUGCUGCAAAAAGAAAAUUCCCAAGCUCCAGUUGCCCUGCUUCACGUUCUGGACUCCGAACAGCAGCUGCUUGACAAAAUGGAGUGUCUCAGCAACGCCUUAGUCCAAAAUUAUUUGUGUGAGGAAAAGGAUGCAGUGAUUGAAGCAGAAGGACUUGAGGAGGCUUAUCUAUUGGUUCAAUAUUUUGAAACACGAAAUAACUUAAUUUACACCAUUGUACAUUAUAAAGAUACUAUUUUUAAGGAUGAAAAUUUAUUCCGAAAUGUUGUCGCUUACAUUUCCAAUAAUCAGCAGAAAACUGUCAGCCAAGGUAUUAUUUUGCGAAAGUCUUUCAUAAAGGAUGAGUUAACUAAACUUUUGACAAAUAUAAGAGAAACUUGUGAUAACGUUGAUUUUCGGUUGCUGAAUUCCACAAAAAAUUGAAGGUACAUAUAUAA